AUGAGCAUGGCGAAGGAAGAUGUGGAAAAGUUCCUGGAUAGUAAUCCAACCUUUGCCAAGGAAUACUAUGACUUGAAACUACGUCCUUCACAUAUUGCCAACUUGCUGGGAGCUCAAGAACCAAUUGUAGACUGUAGCACCUUCCGAGAGUUGAACAAUGUAGAGGAAAGUGAGAUCAUUUUUGAACUCAUCCGAGACAUGCAGGAUAUUAAUAUGGAAAAGGUAGUGUUUAAUACACUCAGGAGGAUUGCCUUUCUCAUUUGCGCAGAUCGGAUGAGUUUGUUCAUGUACAGAUCCAGGAAUGGUACUCCUGAACUUGCCACAAGACUGUUCAAUGUUUCAAAGGAUUCUAUUUUUGAAGACUGUUUGGUUCCACCAGAAUGUGAAAUAGUUUUUCCUCUUGACACUGGGAUUAUUGGUUAUGUUGCACAAACAAAGAAAACAAUAAACAUCCAGGAUAUAUCUCAGGACAGCCAUUUCAGUGAUUUUGUGGACAUUCUUACAGAGUAUGAAACCAAGAGUGUUCUGGCCACUCCAAUAAUGAACGGAAAAGAUGUAGUCGCUGUUGUAAUGGCUGUAAACAAAGUAGACAGCCCACAUUUCACCACAAAAGAUGAAGAAAUUUUGUUAAGGUAUCUCAAUUUUCUCAACUUAACACUCAAGAUCUAUCAUCUGAAUUAUCUCCAUAAUUGUGAAACCAGGAAAGGGCAGGUACUUUUAUGGUCUGCAAGCAAAGUAUUUGAAGAACUUACUGAUAUUGAACGACAGUUUCACAAAGCCCUUUACACUGUGCGUGGCUUUUUGAACUGUGAAAGAUACUCAGUUGCACUCCUAGACAUGACGAAAGAAAAGGAGUUUUUUGAUCUCUGGCCAGUACAAAUGGGUGAAGUACCAGAGUAUGAUGGUCCAAGAACCCCUGAUGGAAGGGAAAUAAACUUUUACAAAAUAAUUGAUUACAUCCUUCAUGGAAAAGAAGAAAUUAAAGUCAUCCCGAAUCCUCCCGCAGAUCAUUGGGCCCUAGUUAGUGGACUGCCGUCAUAUGUUGCUGAAACUAGUCUUAUAUGCAAUAUUAUGAAUGCAGCUGCAGAUGAAUUCUUUCAGUUUCAGAAAGAGCCACUUGAUAACUUGGGAUGGACUAUUAAGAAUGUGCUGUCAAUGCCAAUAGUAAACAAGAAAGAGGAAAUUGUGGGGGUUGCUACAUUUUACAACAGAAAGGAUGGAAAGCCAUUUGACGAAAUGGAUGAAACUCUGAUGGAAGCCCUGACACAGUUCCUUGGGUGGUCUGUUUUGAAUACUGAUACAUAUGACAAAAUGAACAAGCUAGAAAACCGAAAAGACAUUGCUCAAGACAUGGUUAACUAUCACGUUAAAUGCUCUAAAGAUGAAAUACAGGACGUAUUGAAAACUAGAGAAUACCUUGAGCGGGAACCACAUGAAUGUGAUGAAGAAGAACUUCAAGAAUUAUUGUAUGAAGAACUUCCAGAUGCUGAAGAAGCAGAACUCUAUGAAUUUCACUUUUGUGAUUUUGAAUGGUCUCCAUUGGAUCUUGUAAAGUGUGGAAUACAGAUGUAUUAUGAGCUUGGUGUGGUUGAUAAGUUUCAUGUACCUCAGGAGGUAUUAGUUCGCUUUAUGUAUUCACUGAGUAAAGGAUACAGAAAGAUCACCUAUCACAACUGGCGGCACGGGUUCAAUGUUGGACACACCAUGUUUACACUACUCACAACUGGAAAUCUAAAAGCCUACUAUACAGAUCUGGAGGCAUUUGCCAUGGUGACAGCUGCAUUUUGCCAUGAUAUUGAUCACAGAGGAACAAACAACCUCUAUCAAAUGAAGUCACAGGAUCCAUUGGCAAAACUUCAUGGUACAUCGAUUAUGGAGCGACAUCACUUGGAGUUCAGUAAAACCCUGCUGCAAGAUGAGGAUUUGAAUAUCUUCCAAAAUCUCAACAGAAGACAAUAUGAACAUGUAUUUCAUCUGAUGGAGAUUGCGAUCAUUGCUACAGACUUGGCACUUUAUUUCAAAAAACGAACAAUGUUUCAAAAGAUAGUUGACCUGUCUGAAACAUACGAAGACAAUGAAGAGUGGGUACAAUUUAUGAUACUGCAAACAACAAGGAAAGAGAUUAUCAUGGCCAUGAUGAUGACUGCAUGCGACUUGUCUGCCAUCACAAAACCAUGGGAAGUGCAGAGCAAGGUAGCUCUUUCUGUGGCAGCUGAAUUCUGGGAACAGGGAGAUUUGGAACGGACUGUUUUAGAGCAACAACCAAUUCCUAUGAUGGACAGAAACAAAGCCGCUGAACUUCCAAAACUUCAAGUUGGUUUCAUUGACUUUGUGUGCACAUUUGUGUACAAGGAAUUCAGUAGGUUUCAUUCUGAAAUUGAGCCCAUGUACAGAGGCAUCCUUAACAACAGAAAGGAGUGGAAAGCAUUGGCUGAUGAAUACGAGGCAAAAAUGAAAGCGAUUGAGGAAGAGAAAAUAAGGAAGGAAGAAGAAGAAGCAGCAAAACAAGCAGCCAUCGCAUCACAAAAGGAACAAAGUUCUCAGUCUAAGACUUGUCAUCUCUUGUAAAGUACGGCCCGAAGAAAUUAAAAACAAGCAUUUUGAAGUCUUCCUGGCACUUCGACAUUUGGAGAAACAGUCAAUUGUUUCGAAACAAAUUGUAUUCCUAAACAUGUGAGUUAAAGUGCAGCAAGCAUGCCAGAUACAGUUAAUGAUUAAUUAGUUAAAUGAGCCUCAUGUUACAUAUUUUAAAAAAUCAGUUUAAUAUUUGCUACAAAGAAUUUGUCAAUGAAUAAUUGUACAAGGUAUAAGACAAAAUUAAAAUAUCUGUGUAAGAGAGAGACUGUAAAUGGCAUUGUACCUUUUACUGAAUUAGAAGAUGAUUAUGUAUCAGUUUGUGAAAAUUUAGAGAUUCACACUGAAGUGAUAGAUUUUGGCAGUAAUUUUAAGUUUAUGACCCUUGUUCUGGAAUUUCACAUUAGAGGCUUACGUCUAUCUCACCAACUCCUAUAUUGGUAAUUGGUUUAACAUUGUCACAUGUACUGAGAUUCCGUGAAAAGCUUUGUUUUGCAUGCCAUCCUGACAGAUCAAUCCAAAGAUAUGUACAUUGAGGUAGUACAAAAGGAAAAGCAGUAACAGAAUGCAGGAUAUAAUGUUACAGUUACAGAGAAAGUUCAGUGCAGCUAGACAAAUAAGGUGCAAGGGCCAUGAUGAGGUAGACUGAGAGAUCAAGAGUUUAUCUUUAUCGUACAAGAGGUCCAUUCUUAACCAUCUCAAUUAGAUCAGUUCUUAGUUUCCAGAAAUCAAGACAAUACAAGCGUAGUCUAUGCACAAGGUGAGUGGAAUGUGAAGGCAAAGGGGCCUAUUACAAUACAGGGGACUAUUGCAAAUCCCGACCUAACAUUCGUAUUUUAUUUGUUUCUUUGACCCAGGCUUUAAUAGGCUUGGUCUGAAUUUUGUUGGAGAGGAAAAUGGGGUGAGAGAAAACCCUACAUCCCAACCUACUUCAUCAGCAUUCUGUUACUACUGUAAACAUAACCUCUCAUAACAGCAUGAAGAACAAUGUAAAUAGGGUGAUGACCCAGAAUGUAAUGGUUUAUCUUUACCUCCAUGCUGUCACUGGGAAUUGUUCCCAGAGCGCAAAACAGAGGAAAAAUUGGCUCCACAGUUUAUUCCUUUAUGUUUACAAUACAUUCAAUUAUAAGGUUAUAAGUCCGCAAGUUAUAGAAAUGCUUUUAAUUUGUAUGUUACUUUUGUAAAGUUUAGCUAGCAAAUGAAGUUGAAGACAAUUGCACAGAAAUGCUUCUCCUGUACUUUGUUCUCAUACGCUUUCUAAUUAUCAGCAAGCUGAAGGUAACUUUUCAAAAUUUAAAUAAGCUUAAUUGACCCAACAGGGUUUUUUUAUUCUAUUUAAAGUAAUUACAAAUGUAUAAAUAAUUUAAAUUAUCAGAGAUCAGAAAACAUUGAAUAAUGUUCUACUCAUUGUAAUUUAUAGCUUUGUAUAUGAAUUAACAGAAUUGAUAUGAUUAACAUAC